AUGGAGUUAGAGACUGGGCAGAGCUCAGCAAUUCAUUCUAAGCGGGCAGUGGUACUUAGUGGGGUAUUUCCUGAAACACCUGAUGAUGUAAUUUACCAAGUACUAGAUGCAAGCAGGAUAUUUGGACGUACUAAAAUAAGGGAGCGGCGCCUAGAGUACACUGGCAAAAGCCAAUUUAUUCUGGUCGAGACUACAGCUGAUAUUUCAAUAAUCAGUAUCCCAGAACAAAUUGGGAUUAAAGAUCAGUGGGGUCCCUGGGUAGUCAGUGCCAUAGAAAGUGCCCAAGUGCAAGCUCCAGCGGAGAAACAAGACUUUUCAACCAAAUUAGCUCUUUUUGUAAAACAUGAAGGCAAAACACUUGCAGAUGUUCAGUCCUGUUCGGGCCUCCUCAGUCCUGACUCGCUUACAACGGCUUCUCCGAAUCGCAAUACAGAACUAGUAAAGGCCAUAUCCUCACUGGUGGAUAAAUGCCAAAUUGCUCCAGCUGAGAUGCAAAACUACAGAAAACUACGAUUGUUCUCUGGCGUGAAACCCACUCCUUUUGGGGAGGAAGAAUAUGAGGCUUGGGCUGAACAAACUGCUCAUAUGCUGGAAGAAUGGCAGUGCUCUGACAACAUAAAAAAUCAAAGGAUAGCUGAGAGUCUAAAAGGGCCAGCAGCAGAUAUUGUUCGAUUUUUAAGGGUCAGCACUCCUAACGCUACUGCAGUUGACUAUUUGAAAGCACUUGAGACUGCUUUUGGGACCACUAAAAAUGCCUCUGAUCUUUUAGUAAAGUUUCGUAAUACCUUCCAGGAGGAGAAUGAGAAACUGUCUUCCUACUUGUUCAGGCUAGACAAAUUGCUACAUGCUAUGUAUCGGAAAGGGGGAGUUGAAAGAGUGGACAUAAAUCGUGUUCGAAUUGAGCAAGUUGUGAGAGGAGCUUUGCCCCAUGACCUUGUUGCUUUCCGCAUAAAGAUGAUCUACAAGCUUAAUCCACCACCCAGUUUCAGUUGA